UUAAUAAAUUUCAUGGAGAAAGAUAACAUUUACACACAGAGUAUUGAGCGCGCAGGCCCUACUUACCACACGGAACCCAAAGAAAGCCCGAAUUGGGACGACCCAGGGGACACAAAUAAACCUGUUAGUAGGUCACAGAGGUCGGUAAAUUCGGUAAACACUUUAUCUAGUGGCCUAGUCAUUAAUGAGCGCGGAAAGAUAGGAGAUGGAAUAAAAAGUCCAGCAGAAGAUUUCAAGAAACUUCAACCAUCGAGGUUUAACUCUCAAGACAAAAUUACCAUAAACCAUACCAACUUGUCAUCUGAUCCCCUUGAUACAAAGGGAAAGAAUAAUAAUACCAAGCAUAAUUCCAGUCUAAUAGAAUGUCAACGUGAAGGUCGAGAGUUUCAUAGAGCCAGUAUGUCACCGUCUAUGGAAAACCAACUGAUUGAGAAGAGAAGUGCUAGCAACAACGCAUCACUUGGUGUAGGGAAUUUUCAGCAAGUUCAGCUAAUCUAUAAACAAUACGGAAAAGAAUCACCCGAUUUAUCCAAGCGUUCAAUGGCAAAGGUAAGUUUUAGAAAUAUAAAGAAAGAUUCAAUCAGCCAGAAAACCUCCGAGCAGGGCCAAUAUACGCUCUCAAAUGAAGAGCAAGGAGUUACUACAGAUUUACAACGAGCACAACCGACCUACUCUAAUAGUUUGACCAAUUUGACUGCCUCCAGGGAUCAAAACCCGUUAAGUAAUGGCAUAGGGUUGACUCCAUGUCUUGAUAAUAAUAGCUUUACUACACCACUGGGACGGGAUAGUAGUAUUUUUCAGUGCGAUUCAUUUUGUUCUAACAUUAUUCAAUGUGAGACACAGCACUCUAAUGGAGGCCUCAACCAUUAUUCGAAAGUAAUUAAUGUGAAGCCUUCAACUCAGACCGAAUUAUUGAUCGGCUCAAUGGAUCAAAAAAAUCAAAACGAUCAGGGUGUAGGGACGCAACCACAAAAUUGGUUACAGAAUCCCAUACUUUUUUAUUUGUUUGAAAACUUGAUCAAAUUGCACGAGCUUCGAACUAAAUUAAAACCCGAGGGAUUAAAUGAAGCUUCUUCAGCGCUAAGAGUGGGAGGUCCUAGUUCUACAGCACUGGGUUCUUCUGUCAAUUAUGAGCGCCAGGCUCAGAUGGAAACCCUAAAAAGAUAUAUUACGUAUUCUGUUUCCGAAAUUGACGCGACCCUUCUUAAUCCUCUGUUCACUUUGUGGUCCGAAAAACCUUUGCGUGACUUGCUAAAACGCGUUACUGCUAGUUGGAAAGGAGGCGGUCUUGACAGUAAAGAUUUUGACGAGGCUUCAUUUUUAUUACUACAGGCGAUUUCAGAGGAGAGAAGCGGAACCAUCCGUUACACUUUACUAUAUCGGUUGCGUGAGUACUUUGGGAGCGCUAAGCAUCAUUCUACUGGACUUUGCCUGUUAUCUGUGAUGAGCUUCAUUUCAUUGCUUUGCGUAAUUCUCCUUGCACUUUUUGCAGACUUACACUAUGCUGUAAGAAUUGUGUUGCCUAUUUUGAUGAGUAUAAGUAUCUUUUUGAUAUUUUGUUUUGUGUUUCUUAUUUUAAAUCAUAAUGCUUCUGCUGAUGCCACAGCAGCAUUCUUCAAAAUGGAGAUACUUUACUUGUCGAAUGAUAAUGUUAGCGAGGAACUUGAGGAUAGUUUUUUAAGUUCUAGCAGAUCGAGCCUGUGCUUGGUUACUCCAAGCAAUGAGUGUACCCCAUCACCCUAUAAACUAAACGUAAUUGAUGAUAAUGUGAGACCGAAAAAAGACUUGCCUAUUAAGUCAGUCGUAGUGGGGAACGACGAAGCAAAUUCUACGUCCAUAGCCAGAAAGCUACCACAUCGAAUGCAAAUGGAGCAUCAGGAGCAUCCAGAAAAUUCUAAACAAAGUGGAGCACCAAUGCGAAGCUAUUCGUUUGAAAGACAGCGUCACGCCGAACAUUCACAACAAGUUUUUCGUAGAAUAGUAAAGACAAACACGUUUGCGAAAGAGCUGUUCACAGACAAUGCGCAAGCUUCGGACACGAACGGGGUUCAAAAUAAUCAAAAUUCCAAUUUACAGGAUGCAGAAGCUUCUUGCACUACAAUCAACUCAACCUUUAUUAUAGAUUUAGCCGAUAAUAUCAGUGUCACCGCUCUAAUUUAUUGCAAAGAUCAAUAUGCUUUGUCAAUUAUGAUGCCCUCGCUCUGGGAGUUUAACUUCCUUGUGCUUGAAACUGAAGUUUCUCAAAUCGACAACGUUUAUCAGCAAGGUACGGAUAAGUUUAAAAUUAUUAUACUCCACGCUGCUGACUUACAUGAAGGCACUAUUGAGUUUGACAUGGCCUUGUCGUGGGUAAAGGAGAAUCUUCCCGUCUUUUUCUUUUCGAGGGAUAACUCCAGAUUUCCUGAUUUUGUACCUGAAUCAAAGAAGGUACAAUUACCUUUGUCUGAAAAAGACAUCACUACCCUUCUCCUUUUUGGCACUGGCAAGAAUGAAGGGAUGAACAGUGCCAGGAUGGGAUGCCCCUCUAAUCUUAUCAAGGUUCCAGCGUAUGCUCUUGGCCGGAGGUUGGGUGGUGGUGCGUACGGAAAUGUUUUCGAGGCGGAAAUGGAGGAAACUGGAGUAAUGUGUGCUGUCAAACGCAUCUACUUAAGAAGUGGCAACAACAGCGAUCAAGAUGAUAACAGCCACAUCAGCCAGCUACGUGACAUUGCUCGUGAAGUGGAGAUCAUGAGCUCGCUCACGCAUCCAAACAUAGUCCAGUACAUGUUUUGUGAACGUGAUGAUAAUUGCAUAUCAAUUUUUAUGGAGCUAUGCUUAGGGGGAUCCUUGAGCUCUUUGAUAAAUGGUGUCGAAAUAGUUGACACAGACUUCAUGAAGCAACUGUUACGCGAUAUUAUAAGUGCUGUGGCAUAUCUACACAGAAAAAAAGUUGCGCAUCGUGAUUUGAAACCAGACAAUGUUCUAUUUUCUAAUAGUCGUGCAAAACUCACCGAUUUCGGCACGGCCAUUCUCAAACGCAAUCACGAUAACCUUUCUCCUGUCACAGGAACGUUUGCUUAUAUGGCGCCAGAGAUUAUUUUAUGUGAGACGUAUGGUAAGGCAUGUGAUAUGUGGUCAAUUGGUUGCAUUGCGGCUGAAGUUUUAAAAGUUGAUCUCCCUCAGCGAUCCCUUGGAUUACCAGGGAUGUGCGAGUUUUAUCGCAAAAUGGAUUUUAAUUCAUCAUUGUCUAUUGAUUGUGGGGUGCAAGAAGUGGAUAACUUUCUGCGUUCUUGUCUGCAGCGCAACCCAAAUGCCCGACCAACUGCUACGGAGCUUCUGCAUCACGAUUGCUUGAAGCAUAAUAAUACUGCUUUUGAUAGAUGGAUGAAACAAGCAUUGUCGAAAAGGAAUCAGGCACAUCCACACGGUGCCUUAGUCAUGGAUUUGUUUGGGUCAAAUGAAUCCAUUGUUGACUUGAAUUCUCAGCUUAAUGCGGUGUCUCUAAAAUCUUUGGAUGAGGCUCCAAAUGUGUGA